CCCGCCGGGGAGUUUCUUCCACAUCCCCCCCAAACACACCGAGACCCCCCCCCGUCCCUCGGGGGCGGCCCCGCGGAGCGCCGCUCCCUCCUCCUCCUCCCCCUUUAUUACCCUUUGUGUGCGUCUCCGCCUUCCUCCCUGCGCCCGGGGGCCCUGAGAUCCUUGCUGACGAUGGUGGUCGCUGGAGGCAGCACUCUUGAAGAUUAUAUCAUUUACAGACAAGAUCUCUGAAAUCUGUUUCCUUCACACAGCAAAGUAAGAAGAGGCUUUAUCACAACAAAACGGGCAAAAACCACAAAGACUUGAAGAAACAGCACUUCUCUAAUUCUUCCCAAAAGUUCCCAGAAGCACCAAAUCCUAAAGGAUUACACCCACCAGUCUUCCUGAUUUCAGGUGGCUUGGAGUGAACAAGAUGAACAGAGCCACCUUCAAUCUAAUCCUUAAUGAGGAAAAAGGCUGUUUGAUUGGAGCCAAGGAGUCAGCCAAGAACCUCAAGAAGACAACUUGGAUCAUGACCAGAAGAUAAAAAAGAAAACAAAAAGAAUGUGGCAUAUAAAGGGUGUAAUACCUGGAGGUAUUGGAUCUGACUCAUAUUUAUAAAAAUGAGACGAGCUUUCACAAAACACAAGUUAUCUGAGACAGUCAUCAAGCUUGGAGCCAUCAUGCUGUUGAACUAGAAAUUCUCCUUUUCCCCAUUCUCCUUUCUGACAGGUAACAAAGGAUUGGUGAAUUAUGAUUUUCCCAAGUUGGAAGCACUAAUUUUUAUCUAUAUAGUUCAUCCUUAUGAAUAUAUAAGGAGUUAAACAUUGCAUAUUUAAUGUGGAUUAUAAUGGGAAAGUGACUCAUUAACCAAAAUGGCCACUUUUAAGGACUUGGUUUCAAACUGAGCUGGAGCCUCCCGAUGCACUUUGUAGGAUUUGGGGGAAGCUGUGCUGCAGGGCCUGCUUUGGGAGGCCAGGAUGACAUGUAGUAAAAGGAUAUCACCUUCCUGUUGAUAUCUCUGAAGACUCAUAACCAGAAACAGGAAAAUGAAUGGUGGGAAGGAGUGUGACGGAGGGGACACGGAUGGAGGGCCACCAGCAGUGCAAGUUCCCGUUGGUUGGCAGCGGAGGGUGGACCAAAGUGGAGUUCUCUACAUCAGUCCCAGUGGGUCUUUAUUAUCCUGCUUGGAGCAGGUGAAGACUUACUUGCUGACUGAUGGAACGUGCAAGUGUGGCCUAGAAUGUCCUCUUGUUCUUCCCAAGGUCUUUAAUUUUGAUCCUGGAGCUGCUGUGAAGCAGAGAACUGCUGAAGAUGUUAAAGCGGACGAAGAUGUCACCAAACUAUGCAUUCACAAAAGGAAAAUUAUUGCUGUGGCUACACUUCACAAAAGCAUGGAAGCACCACAUCCUUCACUGGUUCUAACUAGUCCUGGUGGUGGAACAAGUGCAACGCCAGUAGUUCCCACCCGAGCAGCAACUCCAAGGUCGAUGAGGAAUAAAUCGCAUGAAGGAAUUACAAAUUCUGUGAUGCCGGAAUGUAAGACUCCUUUCAAGUUGAUGAUGGGGGCAUCUAAUGCCAUGGGUAGGCUUUAUGUGCAAGAAAUGGCUGGAAGCCAGCAAGCAGAGCUCCAUCCUGCCUAUCCCAGGCAGAGAUUGGGGAGCAAUGAACUGGGGCAGAAGUCUCCGUACCGCGGCAGCCACGGGGGGAUGCCCAGCCCGGCGUCCUCGGGGUCGCAGAUCUACGGGGACGGCUCCAUCUCGCCCAGGACCGACCCUCUCGGGAGCCCCGACGUCUUCACGAGGAACAAUCCCAGUUUUCACGGAGCGCCCAACUCCAGUCCCAUCCACAUGACCAGGACGCCGCUGUCCCCGCCGUCAGUCAUGCUCCACGGCUCUCCCAUACAGUCAUCCUGUGCAAUGGCUGGAAGGACUAAUAUACCUCUUUCCCCCACCCUGACCACCAAGAGCCCGGUCAUGAAAAAACCCCUGUGUAACUUUUCGGCCGGUAUGGAAAUACCACGAGCAAUGUUCCACCAUAAACCCCCCCAAGGCCCACCCCCGCCUCCUCCACCGCCUUCUUGUGCUCUUCAGAAAAAGCCAUUAACAUCCGAGAAGGAUCCGCUUGGCAUUCUGGACCCCAUUCCCAGCAAGCCGCCGAACCAGAACCCCGUGAUCAUGAACCCCACCACGUUCCACUCGAGUGUCCACUCUCAGGUACCCGUGAUGAAUGUAAGCAUGCCCCCCGCCGUGGUGCCCCUGCCCAGCAACCUGCCCCUGCCCACCGUCAAACCCGCCCACAUCAACCAUGGCGCUCACGUCCAAAGGGUUCAGCACUCGGCGUCGACGUCGCUGUCCCCCUCGCCGGUGACGUCCCCCGUUCACGCCAUGGCGCCCGGCAUGGCGAGGAUCGAGGCUUCUCCCCAAAGAUCGCGUUCCUCUUCCACCUCGUCCGAUCACGGAAACUUCCUGCUGCCUCCCGUGGGGUCGUCCUGCAGCGGUAUCAAAGUCCCUCCCAGGUCCCCGAGGUCAACCAUAGGGUCGCCGAGGCCAUCCAUGCCAUCCAGCCCUUCCACCAAGCACGACGGACUCAGUCAGUACAAGGACAUCCCCAACCCGUUAAUUGCUGGAAUGAGUAACGUGUUAAAUCCUCCCAACAAUGCCGUUUUUCCCGCUGCGUCGGCCGGAAGCGGUUCCUUGAAGAGUCAGCCUGGUUUGCUGGGAAUGCCUUUAAAUCAGAUCUUGAACCAGCACAACGCUGCCUCUUUUCCAGCAAGCAGUUUACUCUCAGCAGCAGCCAAAGCACAGCUAGCAAAUCAAAAUAAACUUGCUGGUAACAACAAUAACAGCAGUAGCAAUUCUGGACCUGUUGCCAGCGGCGGCAGCACCGAAGGACACAGCACUUUAAAUCCCAUGUUCCCUCCUGCUGCCAACGUGCUCCUCCCCACCACGGAAGGGCAGAGCGGCCGGGCAGCACUGAGAGAUAAAUUGAUGUCUCAGCAAAAGGAUCCUCUGAGGAAAAGGAAGCAGCCCACCACCACGGUGCUGAGCUUGCUGAGACAGUCUCAGCUGGACAGCUCUGGCCUUCCCAAAGCCGGCUCCGAUUUGAUCAGAAAGCCAAGUCAAAGCUCCUUCCCCAUCAGCUCCAUGUCGCAGCUCCUGCAGUCCAUGAGUUGUCAGAGCUCCCACGGGAGCAGCAAUAGUUCCUCGGGCUGCGGGGGCUCCGGCGGUGCCCUGCCCUGCCCCGGUGCCCAGCUGCACCUGGCGGAGCCCGCGCUGCCCCCGGGGCUGCCCUGCCCCAACCCCACCCCCAGCCCCAGCUUCGGGCCCGGCGCCGGGGCUGCCCCCUCCAACCACCUGGCGGGGCUCCUCAACCAGAUGCAGGCCGGGAGCUGCGGGAUGCUCCCCCAGGCGGGAAUGGCCUUGGGGAACGCCCUGCACCCCAGCCCGGCCCAGGCCAGGCUCCAGGCACCCUCCACGCCGGGCAUCCCCAAGAGCGUCGGGAGCAGCUGCAAUCAGAGCAGCCCUGAAGCAGGGGCUUUGGGCCCGUCGUCAUCGAUCGCCAUCGCUGGGGCCAGCCAAGCUGCCAUCACCAAGACCACGUCAGUGCUCCAGGACGGUGUCAUUGUCACCACGGCAGCCGGGACCCCUCUGCAGCAGGGCCAGCUGCCCAUGGGGGGCGAGUUCCCCUUCGCCGGCCACGAACACUCGCUCCACUUCCCGCAGGGCAGCUCUUCAAACAACAAUCUGCCGCAUCCUCUGAACCAGAACCUCCUCAACUCCCUGCCCCUCUCUCUGCCGGUGAAUCAGCAACAUCUCCUGAACCAGAACCUCCUGAACAUCCUCCAGCCUUCCGCAGGAGAGGGCAAGUCUGAGGUGAACCUCAACCCGCUGGGUUUCCUGAACCCGAACGUCAGUGCUGCUUUAGCGUUCCUCUCCGGCGACGUGGACGGGCAGGUCCUGCAGCCCGUGCACUUCCAGCUGCUGGCGGCGCUGCUCCAGAACCAGGCGCAGGCGGCCGCCAUGCUCCCCGUGCCCUCCUUCAACGUCUCCAUCUCGGAGCUGCUCCAGCAGCAGCAGCAGCAGCAGCAGCAGAGCGGCCCCGCGCCCCCCGAGCCGCUGCCCGAGCCCGGCCGUGUGGAGCCCCUGCUGCCCAACCCCAUGCCCGGCUUCCCCGAGCCCGCCGCCGCCAACCCGCUGCUGCUGCCCGCCGCCCCCGGCGCCCCGGCGCUCAUGGCCCUCAACCCGCAGCUGGUGGGGGGCGUGCUGGGCUCGGGGGGCCACCCCGAGGUGGCCAUUGCCACCUCCUCGCAGGCCGCCACCGCCACCACCAGCACCACGUCGGCGGCCGUGGCGGCGCUGUCGGUGUCGGCGCUGGGCGGGGGCACGGCCGUGGUGUCCAUGGCAGAAACGCUGCUCAACAUCUCCGGUGCAGCGCCCGGGCCCGCCAAGGUCAGCAACAGCUCCGUGGUGCCGCAGCUCCUGAACCCUCUGCUGGGCACCGGCCUGCUGGGGGAAAUGUCAUCUCUGAACACUACUCUGAACAACCAUCAGCUCAGCCAUCUCCAGUCACUCCUCAACAACAAUCAGAUGUUUCCUGCAAAUCAGCAGCAGCAGCAGCAGCAGCAGCAGCACCUUCUCCAGGGCUACCAGAACGUGCAGGGCUUUCAGGGCCAGCCCCAAAUCCCUGGCCCAGCCAACAACCCAAACCCCAUGGCGUGUCUGUUCCAGAAUUUCCAGGUGAGGAUGCAGGAGGACGCCGCCGCCCUCAACAAAAGGAUGAUGGGCCAGAUGGGCGUGGCGCCGCUUGCCGAGAGCUCCAGCGCUCUCCUUCCUCCCUUCCAGGAGCCUCCCUGCGAGCUGCAGCCCAGACCUGAGCCCUCCCUGGGCCAGCAGGCCAAGGACACCCCCGGCCCCGCCGCGGGCGACGCCUCGGUGGACGCCAUCUACAAGGCGGUGGUGGACGCGGCCAGCAAGGGGGUGCCGGUGGUGAUCACCACGGCCGGCUCCAGCGCCGCGCAGCCGAGCCCCAUCCCCGCCCUGAGUGCCAUGAGUGCCUUCACAGCCUCCAUCGGGGACCCCCUGAACCUGAACCUGAACCUGAACCUGUGCGGGGCCGCGCACGAGGGGCGCGCCCGGGGCGGCCGCGGCGCGCGGGGCCCCAAGAACGCGGCCGAGCACGGCAAGGGCCCCGGCGAGGGGGACGGCUACGAGUAUUACAAAACGCCCAAAAAGCAGUGGGAAGGGGAGCAGAGCCCCGUGGGGGAGAUGGGCAGGUGGAAAUGCGAGGAGUUCCUGGAGCAGCACUCGGGCCACGUCCACGGCAGCCCGUGCCACGAGAGGCCCAACAACGCCUCGGCGCUGCUGCAGGGGGAGCAGCACCAGGCCCUGCUGGCGCCGCGGAACUGUCAGAGCGAGAAGGCGCUGGAGGAGAAUUUCAGGUAUAACAAUUACAAAAGAACUAUGAUGAGCUUCAAGGAAAGACUGGAGAACACUGUGGAACGAUGUGCACACAUCAACGGGAACCGCCCGCAGCCCAACAGGGCCUUCGGGGAGUUGCUCAACGCUUCCAAACAAGACCUGAUCCUGGAAGAGCAAUCCCCCAGCUCCUCCAAUAGCUUGGAGAGUUCCUUAGUGAAAGACUACAUCCAUUACAAUGGAGAUUUUAAUGCCAAAAGCAUUAACGGGUGCGUGCCCAGCCCCUCGGAUGCUAAGAGCAUCAGCAGCGAGGAGGAGCUGCGGAACCCCGAGUCGCCCUCAUCCCACGAGCUCAUCCACUACAGGCCCAGGACGUUUAACGUGGGCGACUUGGUCUGGGGCCAGAUCAAAGGACUCACCUCCUGGCCUGGCAAACUUGGCAGAGAAGAGGAGGUUCACAAUUCAUGCCAACAGAACGCUGAGGAGGGGAAGGUGGAGCCCGAGAAGCUGAAGACACUAACGGAGGGGCUGGAGGCGUUCAGCCGCGCCAGGAAAAGGAACAGGAAGAGUGGAAAGCUAAAUAACCAUUUAGAAGCUGCUAUACACGAGGCCAUGAGUGAACUAGACAAAAUGUCUGGGAAUGUCCACCAAAUCCCGCAGGGAGACAGACAAGUGAAGCCUCCAAAACUCAAGAGGAGGAAGAUCUCUAGAUAACAUUGAAUGUCUUUGUUACUGGUCCAGUCCUUAUCACAGUGAACGUGCACAUGAGUCUAUCUGUAGGUAUUGAUCCAGACUGGCUCUGUCAGUAUUUCUGGGGAGACAGCUCGCUGCCAUGGCAGGGCACCACGAGGAGCAGGGGUUCCACAUUUGGGGUGCUGCUUAGGAGGGAUAGAGGUUGCUGGAUAAGCCAAUCAGAAAUCGUGAAAGGUUGCAGUAACAAUGUCAGAUGAUUACUGAAUUUUUUUUUUUUCUAUAAUACUAAAAAAAUUGUGAUUAUAAGAAAUAGUCCAAAUGUUUCUGAGAAAUUUUCAUUGUGUAUAUAGAUAAUACAGAAUUUCAUGGUGAUAUCUGAACUGUAAAUAUUGUACAAUAUUGUCAUGUACAAGCGUACCUAAUGCACACUUUAUCUUUUAUUGUACAAAAAAUAGUGUACAAAAUUCUUUGGUUUCUAUUGAGUACACAUACAAGAGACUACCAGUGUAAAGUGAUAAAUAAAAAUACAGCCUAAAUGCUUUUAUAUGAUAAUGUAAAAGAUGCUGUUUUUGUAUUUAACAGCAGAGAGAAGGCAUGAUUAUGUAAUACCUUAAUUAUGACAUCCACUUCACGCCACUGAGUGUUCAUUGCUCUGUGUGUUUGGAAUGAACCUUGCCUGGAAGUGCUGGACUCCAGUUCAGGCCUUUAGGAGAGCGCAGCCUCGCAGAUUCCCAGCGGGAUGUGGGAUCACAGCUCUGAUUAACAAUUCCAAGGCUGCAACCCUCGGUUGCGUUUUUAUUUACUUAGCUUUGAACGUAGAACGCUGUAGAUUUGAUUAAAAAUCACAAAAAAAAAAAGAGUAGAGGGACUAUUUUAGUCAGCCAUUUCUGUAGGAGAAGUUUCAUAGCCACCUGAGGAACUAAAGAGUCGAUCCCCCCUAACGUUGAGCCCCUCCAACCACCCCCUAGAUUAAUUAGCUUUGAUUAUCUAACGUCAUUAACACGGUGUUUUCUCGGAAGGGGGCAGAGGCCCUGCUUUCAGGAGUGAUCAGGAUUGAUUGCUGGUGAUUACCUUCGGUUUGGCAGCAGGAUGAAAGGGCAAUGCUCCACAGCAUCCGGGAAAAGCAAUCCCAGGAUCCAUCUCGCAGUAUUAAAGCAGAAAAAAAGUUAAGGGUGGCUUACAAAACUAUUAGCAGCAGUAAUUUUUAUCAGUAUUAUGUAACAUAUCAGAUUUAUUUUAUUUAAAAAGAAUUAUUUAUACCAUUAACAGAUUCUUAUAUAUAUUAAUGUGGCUGAAAUGCGCAGGUUAAAUCUAUUAACCAAAUUAUUUAUGUUAUAUUAAGUGAGAAAUGUGAAACAUAUGUAGAAAAAAAAAAUUAAUACACUACAGAUUUAAAAGUCUAAAGCUAUGAGCCAUUAUAAAAUUAACGAACGGAAGUGUAGCACAACAUUCUUUCCAUUUGAUUUCAUUUUUCUUUUUCACACGGCCGGUGCCGCUGGUGCCGAGGCUUCCCCAGAGGAUCCCAGCCACAUUCCCAGCCCUGGGGGAGCUUUUCCUGCCCCGGGGCCGGGAGCAGCGCUUACCUCAGACCUGCUUGUCCCCGAUCCCUGUGGCUCUGUGGCCAAGGACUGGCAGUGAUCAGCACCCGGGCAGCGCAGGAUCCCCAGGAUCCCAGGAUCCCAGGAUGGGGCUCCUUCCUUCCUUCCCCCGUGUGCCCAGGGCAGCGCUGGCCAGCGGGGUCGGUGCUGGGCACGCAGCUACCUCGGGGCUCCCGGGCGGGCUCCUGUCCCGGGCUCCCUUCCGCGGGCAGGUUCAUUUGUCUCUCCUCCUCCUCCUCCUCCUCCUCCUCCUCUCGGGGCUGUUCAGGGCUGCCAGCUCCCGCUUUCCCGGCUCUUCCCGUCCCAUCCGCGCGUGGGCAGCGCUGGAGCCCCUCUCCCUCGGGAUUCCCUUUGCCUCCUCCCUCUGCUUCGUGUCCCAGAGCUGAGUUUGUGUCUCCUUGGGCCCUUAGGUCUGUGCUCCCUCCCCGCUGUUUUACUUUACAUCCCUAAGAUUAUGUAAAGUAUUCUCGUGCACUUGAUUUCCUCGGUUAAUAAUGGCAUUGAUGUGGGUGCUAGGAGUAGUUUGUUUCAGUCCAUACCGAUUUUUUUUUUCUCUCUUUUAGAGUUUUUAUGGUUUCAUGUAAGCAGUUAAUGUAAAUAUUGUGAGCAUUACAGGUCAUGCAGUGUUGUAACAUUUUAAGAAAUGUUGCACCGACUUUACGAUUAAAAAACUGGUCACUCAUACUUGAA